UUUUUUUCCCGCAAAAGCAGAGCUUCCAAAACAAACUCCCGUGAAAGAAGGAGAAAACUUCAAAGAGGAUAAACCCAAUGUUUGUUACAAUCCUAGUUUGUCACGUGAAGCACCAAGGAGCCCCACCCUUCCGGCGGAUAUUCGCCGUUCAAAUCCGGCGAAAACACCUGAGAACUUCCGAACUCCGCCGGCACUGGUGGCGAGGCUGAUGGGAUUGGACGAGGGCCCGACGGCGGCCGAGAAGCCAGAAUCCGUGGCGGAGAAAAGAGAAAGGCUUUUGAAUGCACUGCAGAAAUGCGACGAGGAUCUGAAGGCACUAAAGAAGAUCAUUGAGGCCGUACGAUCAGCAGAUCAGCAACGGACACCCUCGACGGAGGUGAUAUCAAAAAACGUGAGUUGCUUUGGGGAUAAAAUUAGAACAGUAACGGAGGUUACUUGUUCGGAGCAGCAACCAAGUCCAGUGUCUGUGCUCGACGAGUUGACUCGGUCCCCUGUGAGUUUCAGGAAUUACUCGCAACAACAGUCACAUUCAAGUGGGCGAGUGCAACAGCAGAAGAUACAGGUGCAAAAGAAGCCAGGAGAGGAAAACACGUGUUUCUAUGAGAGAAUUGCGACAAGUGAGUUGGUACAUAAGAAGGUGAAGGAUGAUGAGGAAGAAGAGGAGUCGGUGAUGUGGAGCAGGAGAGCAAUGAAAGAGAGCGUAGAGGAAGUGUGUAGGGACAUCGCAUGGGGAGAGAAGCGAGAGAUUGGGAGAAUAGGUUUGGCUUUGCAUGAUCAUAUUUGCAGGGAUUUGAUUGAUGAAAUUGUUCGAGAUUUGGGAUUUUGUUGCUUUAAUGCUCUUCCCUUCGAGGCCUGUAAGAGAAGACUCGCUUUCUGAUCAUUGAUAACUUUUUGUGUUCCUUUCCAUUAUACCAUCAAUUAGAAUCACACUAGGUGUAAUUUUGUGUCUAUAUGGGCGUGUACACUUGAAAUUUUAUCCACAUAAUUUAUGCUCUUCUUUGAA